AUCAACACCUUUUCUGAUUUCUCCUGGCCAGCUAGCUUAGAGCUUAAACCUUAAAGCAUUGCUCAUAUCAAACUAAAAAAAUGGAAAAAUUAAGAAAGCUUCUGCACCCUCCAACUCAUGGAGAGCUUAUUACUGUUCUCAGUAUUGAUGGAGGUGGAAUUAGAGGAAUCAUUCCAGGAGUUAUUCUCAGCUUUUUAGAAUCUGAGUUACAGAAACUGGAUGGUGAGCAAGCAAGAAUUGCAGAUUAUUUUGAUGUGGUUGCAGGGACGAGCACAGGUGGUCUUCUGACCACCAUGUUAACAGCACCGAAUGAGAAGAACCGACCCUUAUUUGCUGCCCAAGAAAUUAAGGCCUUCUACUUUGAGCAUGGCCCUAGAAUAUUUCCUCAAAAUAGAUUUCCAUUUUCUGGUGUCACAAAUAUGAUUAAGAGAGUGCUCGGACCAAAAUAUGAUGGCAAGUAUCUCCAUGGAGUUCUAAAGGAAAGGCUUGGAUACACAAGGCUGCACCAGACAUUGACUAACGUUGUAAUUCCAACUUUCGACAUCAAGAAGCUGCAGCCAGUCAUCUUUUCCAGCUAUGAGGUGAAGAAAAGUCCAUCCCUGAAUGCCCUGCUCUCAGAUAUAUGCAUUGGAACUUCAGCCGCUCCAACUUAUCUCCCGGCCCACUAUUUUGAAACCAAAGACUCUGAAGGAGAGGUGAAGAAGUUCAAUCUCAUCGAUGGUGGGAUGGCUGCUAAUAAUCCUGCUUUAGUUGCCAUUAGUGAAGUGACAAAACAGAUCAACCGAGGGCAUUGUGAUUUCUCUUCCAUAAAGGGAGCAAACCAUUACAGUAGAUUCUUGGUGCUUUCCAUAGGAACAGGCUCAGAAAAACUUGCAGAGAAGUACAAUGCAAGCCAAGCAGCUCGAUGGGGUCUAAUUGGGUGGUUGACCUCCGGCCAUUCCACCCCAUUAGUCAAUGCUUUUACAGAAGGCAGUGCUGAUAUGGUUGAUUUCCACAUUUCUGUCAUCUUCAAAGCUUUAGGUUCUGAAAAGAACUAUCUUCGCAUCCAGAAUGAUAAGCUAGUAGGGGAAGUCUCCUCUAUUGAUGUUUCCACAGAGGAUAAUCUGAAAAAUCUUGUGCAAGUUGCUGAAAACUUGUUGAAUAAACCUGUUUCGAGGGUGAACUUCGAGACGGGUAACUAUGAGCCUUCAGGAGAAUUAGAAACCAACGCACAGGCUCUCAAAAGGUAUGCAAAGCUGCUCUCUCAGGAGAAAGCCUGUCGUGAAAGGUCAUUGUUGCAGAAGCUUAAUGCAUAAUCAGGAUGAAUGUGAAUUUUAUGUUCUGCAGAAGUGUUAAAUUAGAUAUUUAUAGUAUGAAAUAAAUGUAAUUGAUUAUGUUUCAUCAAAAUAAAUGUAAUCGAUCAUGUGGGUUUUCUGCUCAUAA